AUGGAAACUUCUCAACCUCUGUCUAUUGAAAGCUUUUCGUAUAGCUGGCUAGUAAACCUAAAACCGUCUUUAGAGAGCUUGGACAGUUCCGUUAGAGCCUCCCUUGACGCAUCCGAUGAGGCUUCCUUCAUUGAGAUGGACCCUAGAAUGCCACCCUCUAAGAGAUUCUUUAGAAACUCUCAGGACUUCAAGUUCGAUUGCCCGAUUUCACAAUCUCCUCUUACUGUUGUUCAUGCAGAUGAGCUUUUUUCCAAUGGUUAUGUCAUGCCGUUUUUUGUUGAUCCAUUGAAAAUUGAGAGCUAUGAGGUUUCAGAUUCAAGCUCGGAAAUUCCUGCCUCAUCACACACGCCAGAAAGUGUCGUUUCUGCGAGGAGAACUCGCUGUUCUUCAUUGAGAAGGUGUCGAACAUUGUCAAAACAGGUGUUUCGGAAGUACUUCGAUUUUCUUAGGCCAUUGUAUCAAAGAAUUCGAGGUCACAGGUCGAGUUGUAGAACUGAAAAAAUGGAUAAAAGAGUUCAUGCAAUGAAGAGAUGGACAUAUUCUGCCGAAACAUCUCCAAGAAUAAGCGUUGCUUACUCUGUCGAUGAUUGGCGAAGAUCAUGCGACUCUGAGAGCUCAAUUUACGAGGCAGUUCUCCAUUGCAAGAAAUCAAUUGGGAAAUGAAAAAUUGUACAAAAGAGACUAAAAUGAUGAAAAGGAGAGCAAUGUCCAUAGGUGUCACAUGGGAAGACAGAAAACAAGAGGAAUAAAGAAAGAACAUCAACCACUUGUUUUAUUUGUUUUUUUCUUCUCUUCUUGCUGUGAGGAUAAUGUAAAUUUAUUUUGAGAAAACAGAAAAUGUGGCCUGAGGAGAGAAAAAUAAUUUGAAGACAAAUUAAAAUUUGGUUUUGUCUUUUCUAUUUUAUGAAAAGAAAAACCUUCUUCUAACUGUAAAAGAUUCUCUCCAUUAUAUAUGUAAAGCUUUAUUUAAAUGAUAUCAGGAUUACUUUA